AUGGAUGUUGCCACUGGGGUCAUCUCCCUGACGUGGGAGGUGUUUGACAGCACGGUCCGGAUCUUCAAGUUCCUCACCGCUUUGGUUGACAUGCCAAGGGAAUAUGAGAAGUACAGCAUUCAACUUAUCGUCGAGUACAACCGUGUUCUCGCCUUCGGCAAGGCGGCGGGUCUGGUUGAUGUCCCGGCUGGCUCUACGCUUGGUGCUACCUUGGGAACCGAGGGCAUCGAACUCGUGGCUAUUGUUGCGCGGAUCCACUGGCUGCUUUCCGAGAUCAGAGAGCUCAACGCCCGCUAUGGAAACGAAUUGCCCCAGUCUGGCAAGGCUGGCGACAACAAGACGGGUCUCCACGAGCAACCGACUGACAGCGAUCUCCUCAAGGCCAUCUUGGGUCUGGCUCUCACGCACGAAGCGGAGAAAAGAGCAGGCGAACAUCUUCGGGGCGUCCCACGCAUCAAGGAGUGGGUGAUGAAACUCGGGCGGAACUCGAAAGACAUCAUCAGCUGUCCGGUCCGGGUGCGGUGGGUAGCGGUUGACAAGGAGGCCUUCGAAUUGCUCCUGGACGAGCUCCACGUCCUGACGGAGCGGCUUCACGAACUGAUGAGAAACCAUCGCGAGAAGCAGGUCGACGACAUCACGGCCAAGACCUUGGUAACUAGAUCCACAGGGGUUCGCAAGGAAAAGGCUGCCCAUCUCAACGACCAACAGCUUGGGGUCCUCCCGAGACUGAAGAUAUUCAAUCGUGCAUCCCACAACUUGAAUCUUUUCCAUCUUUUCCCCGACCACUUCCAGAACCGUUUCCUGUACAGCUGUGUAGACCUCGCCCAACAGCUUGCUUGGAACGAGGACCAAGUCGACAAACCCGAGCUCCUCCGACGCCCGCGAGCCAUCCUCUCUACCCCCGACAAAGUUGACAUCCUCGUGUGGAUCGAGUGGAAGACACUGGGCGACAUCGAGCCCGGCUCCCCACAGCACGAGGUGUUCGCCGUCCGGACAGCGGCGCUGGCCCUGAUGCUGAACGUCCUCGGUCCGGUCUCGCUGCACACGCCCGACUGCAUGGGAUACUUCGACGAUCGCGACGUGAAUGACGUGGCUCGCUACGGAUGGCUUUUCAAAAUACCCGAGGGCAGCGACCGCGACACUCGCGUGCGCUCGUUGCACGACAUCCUGGGCGACGAGCGCUACAAGCCGAGCCCGUCGCAGCGCGUGGCCAUGGCGUCCAAGCUCUGCUCGACGCUGCUGAACCUGCACGCCGCCGACUGGCUCCACAAGGGCAUCUUCAGCGACAGUGUGGUGUUCUUCUUCGCCGGGGAGGAGGAGGAGGAGGAGAGCAACGACGCCGGCACAUUGAGGCUCCCCUACGACCCCGAGAAGCCCGUCCUGUCUGGGUUUGAGUUCUCUCGGCCGGACGGCAGUCAGACUACGGGCAGAGACGUGGAGGCGCUUUGGGAUCUGUACCGCUGGCCGUCGAUCCGGCGCGAGAGCCCCACGGAGAGGAGCUCGCGGAAGACGUACGACUUGUACAGCCUGGGCUUGGUGCUGCUGGAGAUUGCCCACUGGGAGAAGCUGCAUAAGCUGAUGCAUUUGGGAGGAGGGGUGGCCCCUGAAGGCGAGGGCGAGGGCAGGGUGCCGCAGGUGCCGUUGGGGGAGUCGAGGAUGGUGAGGGACUGGCUGCUCGGGAUUCAGCAGGGGGCGCCGUUUGAGGUAGAGGGCAAGCCCAAUCCGCUGAAGGAACUCCGCUAUAUCGCAGGAGACCGGUAUUGGAAGGCCGUGGAGAAGUGUCUCUGGGCACAUGGCGAGAAGGGGUUCGGCGUCCAGGAGGUGGACCAGUCCCGCGACUCCGAUGUGGGCAUGGCUUUGCAGGAGGCAUUCACGACUCAUGUGGUAGAGGAGCUGGCGUCUAUCAACAUUUAGGGACCUUUUCUGAGCAGGGAGUCGUUUAGAUCUCGGACGACGAGGCCGCCGACGUGGCAGCAAGUGUAGCGUAAGGGCCGCAUCUCAUUGCGAGCGAGAAGUGUACCG